AUGCUCACCUCAGUCAAUAAGAUCUACAAAGGUGAAGGCAUCUGCAAGAUGUGGAUCGGCAUGAAGCCGCUGGUGAUGCUCUACAGACCAGACGACGUUGAGGUCAUUCUCAGCAGCAGUACACUGACGCAAAAGUCUGUCGAGUACCAUUUUUUAGACAACUGGCUAGGCGAAGGCCUGGUGACUAGCUCUCGAGCUAAAUGGCGCCUUCGCCGUAAGAUCCUCACGCCUGCCUUUCACUUUCGCAUUCUCGAGGACUUUCUGCCGAUCAUCAACGAGCAGUCAAAUGUGCUGGUGGCAAAACUAGGCGACCAGUGUGAUCAAAACGGCGAUCAGUCACCACCACCAAUCGGCGAAUCUACCACCACCACUACCUCAUCUGCUCCAUUUGACGUCGUGCCUGUGAUCACCCUCUGCAUGUUAGACAUCAUCUGCGAGACGGCGAUGGGCGUCAAGUUGAAUCUGCAGGCCAACUCUAAUCACGAGUACGUCGAGUCACUGUACAACAUCAGCCGCAUCUUCCUCAUCCGCCUGAUGCGCCCUUGGCUGUGGCCAACCAUUACCUUUAAUCUAAGUGAGCACGGGCGAAUUUUCAAUCGAUCUGUUCAAAAUACAAAAGACUUUACAAUGAAGGUCAUCAAGGAGCGUCGUGAUGAGUGGGUGCAAUGUCUGGAGGAGGACGUCAAUGGUCAACCUGGCAACAUGUCAGGUAACGUCGACAAUCUGGAUGCCAUCAAAAGUUCGACGUUUUUUGCAAAGAAAAAAGGAGCUGGAACUGGCUCAUCAAGCUCCACUAGACUUGCCUUCCUUGACCUCCUUCUCCAGCAUCAUCUGGUGACAAAAAAGCUCAGUCUGGAGGACUUACGAGAAGAGGUGGACACUUUUAUGUUUGCGGGUCACGACACCACAUCGCACGCCAUCAGUUGGACGUUGUACAUGCUGGGCCUGUAUCCGGAAGUUCAGGCCAAGGCGGCCGAAGAGGUGGACCACCUCGUCGAGAUGGAAGGCGCCGACAUUAGUGAUCUGACAGUGGAAAACCUUAAAUCACUAAAGUACCUUGAGUGCGUGCUCAAAGAAGUGCAGCGAAUCUACCCGACGGCACCCUUUAUUGGGCGCGAACUCAGCGAAGACACCAAAAUUAACAACUACCUUGUACCGAAGGGCACCACUGUGGGCAUCUUCACGUACGUUCUGCACCGAGACCCAAUUGCCUAUCCUCAACCGGAGCGUUUUCUGCCGGAACGCUUUUUACCAGAAAACGUCAACGGCCGUCAUCCCUACUCAUUCAUUCCGUUCUCGGCCGGCCCGAGGAAUUGCAUUGGGCAGAAAUUUGCAAUGAUGGAGAUGAAAAUGGUAAUUGCAAAAAUCCUCCGUCACUAUCAUCUUCAAUCGGUGCAGCCACGCGAUCAACUGGUCAUUGUUGGGGAAAUGAUUCUUCGCUCACUUAACGGCCUCAAAAUGGUCUUCUCAAGACGGACUCAAGUGCAAAGAUGA